AUGCUCGAAAGGAUCGUAAAAAUUCAAGAUGCCGUCAAGUCAUCCAUUGCCAUUUUGGGUGUUACAAGCUUAACAAAUUUAAUGCCGGAAGACUGGUUACUUUGCAACGAAACUUGUAAAGCCCUGAAAUGUUUUGAAGAAGCAUCAAAUUAUCUGAGUGGUGAAAAGUAUUUGACGGCCAGUCAACUAUUAAUAAUCAUAAAAGACAUAAAGAGAGUUCUCAGCGAUAUUUUAAGCUCGGAUUCUUCCGGUUAUCACUAUCUGCCAAUAACAUAUGAUUUUGUUCGAGCUUUGUUAGAUUUAACUCAUAGUCGUUUCGAAAAUAUAGAAAAUAAUAACACGAUUGGCGUAGCUACUUUUUUGGAUCCCCGCUUUAAGUUACAGCCCUUAACAUCUUCAAAGCAAGCAACUUUGAGGGAGAACAUGAUCAAACUUGCCGCUCAAGAAAUAAAUCGCGAAGGACCAUGUGAAAAUAUUGAAGUUAGCAAAAGUUCGUUUGAUCCCACCUCAAUAUUUUACGACUGGGAUGCUAGGGAGGCUGUACCGCAAUUAAUUGUGUCACCAACUGCUCGAGCAAUAAUAGAAAUAGACAAAUAUUUGAAUGAAAAAGUGAUUAGUCGCUAUAAUUUACCGUUCAGCUGGUGGAAGCAUAACCAAGACAUUUUUCCACAUUUGGAUAAGUUGGUUCGAAACAAAUGUAAUUGUAGAACAGAGGUGCAAGAAGUAAUAAAUAAAGAAGUCGAAACAAUCUGCAUUACGACUGACAAUUGGACUUCGGCGAGAAAUGAUAGUUUUAUGGCUGUUACUGGGCAUUUUAUAAAUAAAAAUUUUGAUUUGGAAUCGAUUGUUUUGGACUGUGAAGUAAUUUCGGGUCCUUCCAAUAGUGAAAAUACAGCAUCUCAGUUAAAAAGUAUUACCGAUUCUUGGGGUAUUUCAGCUAAAAUCAAUUUAGCUGUUUCUGAUAACGCGGCUUACAUCAAGAAAGCCAUAUCACAGGAGCUAGGGUGGAAACAAUUCGGAUGUGCAGCACACAAAAUAAAUUUGAUAGUGCAAGAAGCGACGGAAAAAUCUGUACCCAUCAAGUCUGUGAUUGAACGUGUGAAGCUCGUCGUCGCUUAUUUCAAGCGAAGCACUAAAGCCACUCAAAAACUUGAUGAGUUUCAAAAGCAGAAAUGGAGCAACACAGCCAAAAUGACUGCUUCAAGAAGUCCCGACAAGGUGGAAUUCCAAAUUCUACAUGCUCGAAAGGAUCGUAGAAAUUCAAGAUGCCGUCAAGUCAUCCAUUGCCAUUUUGGGUGUUACAAGCUUAACAAAUUUAAUGCCGGAAGACUGGUUACUUUGCAACGAAACUUGUAA